AGAGCUGAGGCGGACAGAAGAGGAAGGCCCGCUGCGUUUACGAUGAAGGAGGAUAAGGAGAACGCGAGGCCAAAGCGAGGCGGGCCUCUCACCCCGACCGGACUGGGCGCGGCCAUGGCCGGCGCGGACGCCAAAGGGGGUGGCGAGCCUGACAAGCUCGAGCGGCCUAAGGACAAGAAAGAGACGCUUAGCAAGGUAGUGAUUCGACGCCUGCCUCCCAGUCUGACCAAGGAACAGCUUGAGGAACAUCUUCAGCCUCUGCCUGAGCAUGACUACUUUGAGUUCUUUGCUAAUGAUUCCAGUUUGUACCCUCACAUGUUUUCCAGAGCAUACAUCAACUUUAAAAACCAAGAAGACAUAGUUCUGUUCAGGGAUCGCUUUGAUGGUUAUGUUUUUGUUGAUCACAAAGGUUUGGAAUAUCCUGCCAUAGUGGAAUUUGCACCUUUUCAGAAAGCUGCCAAAAAGAAGAGUAAGAAAAAGGAUGCCAAAGCUGGGACCAUCGAAGAUGAUCCAGAGUAUAAGAAAUUCUUAGAGAGCUACAGUGCAGAUGAUGAAAAACUGACAUCCACUCCUGAGACUUUGCUUGAAGAAAUAGAGGCAAGAAACAAAGAAUUGAUAGCAAAAAAGACCACCCCUCUGUUGAACUUCUUGAAGAACAAGCAGAGGCUGAGAGAAGAAAAACGAGAAGAGAGGAGGAGGCGAGAACUAGAGAGAAAAAGACAAAGGGAAGAAGAGAGGAGGAAAUGGAAAGAGGAAGAAAGAAGGAAGAGGAAAGAAGCUGAAAAAACAAAGAAAGUGGAGAGGGUUCCAGAGAAAGAAAGAGACAAAUCCAAGGAUGAACCAAAGAUUAAGCUACUUAAGAAGCCAGAAAAAGAUGAAAGAGACUUUGAAAAAAAGGCCAAGAAACUGGAGAAAGAGAGUCUGAGGGAGGAAAAGGCUGCCAGUGCAAUCAGCAGUGCGCCAGCCAAGCGCUCCGAUGGGGAGGUUAAAGAGGAGAAGGCCAAAAAGUUAGUGUUUUCUUUGCACAGAUUGGAAGAUGAUUGUGGCAAAGACUACAGGGAAAGAGAAAGAGAGUAUGACCGAGAGUAUGAGAGAAUCCAUCGCGAGAGGGACAAACUCAGGCGCCAGGAAGAUGAACGGCGGAGACAAAAGGAACGCUUUGAAAAAGAGAAGGCUUUUAGAAGAAAAGAGGAUGAUGUGAAAAAAGAAAGAGACUCUUUGCGAGAGAAAGGAAAGCGAUCUGAACUGACUGACUAUCUAGGCAAUAUGGAGAAAACAGAGAAAGUAACCAAAGAAGAGAAAAAAGAAGAUAUGGCUAAGAGAGAUCGCAUUAGAAACAAGGAUCGCCCAGCCAUGCAGCUCUACCAACCAGGGGCUCGUAGUCGGAGUCGUUUAUGUGCAUAUGAUGAAAUCUCUGCAAAGCCGUCUGAUCAAGGAGCGGACAAAAAGUUGGAAUGUGAGACAACUAAUGCAAAAGAGGAAGAUUGAUGAGCCAUGGGUUUUUUUGAUCAACCUAGCAGCCAAAGAGCAUGCACUGUGCAGUCCAGAAGUGCCUUGGAGGAGGAAGAGGGAAUAGAGGAACAGUACUUUUGGAUGUAUCUGGUUCCAAAGCCUCAAUGCAGAGUCGAGACUCAAAUUGUAUUUUCAUAGUUCAUUGUCAUGGAUGGGAGAAGGAGAUGUUGAUUGGGGCAGCAAACUACAAAGGGAAAGAAAGCUUAUGUUUCUUAGAAAUAGGCUUAAUUGCCCCCCCCCAUAAGUCAUGUGAUUAAGGAUAUGCUAAUGCCACGCUCUCUUUGAAAUAGUAGCCAUGAACCAGUAUUUGCACUUAAAUCCAGCCAUCUUGGACCCUCAGGAUUGCUCAAGUAUUAAUGCCUUUAUCAUUGCGCUGUGUGGAAUUUCUAAUUAACAGAGGAGAGGCAAAGUAGUUCUAGUAGUGAGAGAGGUUUUUGUCUGGGGAGUUGCUUGCAGCUGGUUGCAAAAUGAUUUUUUAGAACAGAAGGUGGCAAAGCUUUACUCUCCCCCCACCCCCCAUGAAGGCUAUAAAAUCUUUAUUGAAAUGAGAGGAAUUUUUUGUUCAUAUCUUGAGUAAUAUCCAGAUACUGAUGCAACUUUAUUUAGCUAUGUAGACCUUUCCAGCUUUUCCCCUUUUCUAGUGCUAUAAGGAAAGUGGUCCAUUUCAGUUCUGCGUUCUCUUUCCUGAGGCAUUAGAGUGUCUUACGACCCAGGAGGAACUUUCACUAAGAGUUGUGGCUCCUCUGUGCUAACGUGACACAGCUAUUUUGUACUUAAUAAAACUCUUUGAGAGCUAUCAUUUAAAACUUU